AUGUCAGUGGAUUUCGUCCUGCUUGUAGCUCUCUUAACUCUUAUCUCUUCAUCAUCCAUUAGUACUAUUGACACAUCCGAUAUUGCUUGGGAUCCAAGUCCAACAAUUGCAAUGUCAGUUCUUGUUUCGCUUCAUUCACUAGCUUCUUCUGUUCCAAUCUUUAGUGGAACUAAUUUUUCUGACUGGAAGGAACAGAUUCAGUUUCACCUUGGUGUUCUGGAUCUUGACUUAGCAUUGCGAAUUGACAAACCAGCUGCUAUUACUGAAACAAGCAGUUCGGAGCAGCAAGCUUUAUUUAAGUCAUGGGAAAGAUCGAACAGAUUAAGCAUCAUGUUUAUGCGAAUGUGCAUUGCGAACAAUAUUAAAUCAACACUUUCUCAAAUUAAAAAUGCAAAGGAAUAUUUCAAGGUUGUGGAAGAUCGAUUUUGUUCAGCAGAUAAGUCCCUUCGAGGGAGAUUAAUGGCUGAACUUACCACCAUGAAAUUUAAUGGUAACCAUGGAAUGAAUGAGCAUGUCCUUGAAAUGACCAAUCUAGCUGCCAGACUCAAAUCUCUGGGUAUGAAUGUUGAUGAAAGUUUCCUUGUUCAGUUCAUUCUGAAUUCCUUGCCUACUCAGUAUGGGUCAUUUCAGAUUCACUAUAAUACUAUUAAAGAAAAGUGA